AUGUCCGGAACAGGUGCCAGGCUUAACAUUUUUCCUACCCGAAUGGCGUUAACUUUAAUGAAGUCGAAAUUGAAGGGAGCGCAGACAGGCCAUAGUUUAUUGAAACGUAAGAGUGAAGCACUUACUAAACGUUUUAGAGCAAUAGUUCAAAAAAUUGACGAAGCUAAACGAAAGAUGGGUAAAGUGAUGCAAGUGGCUUCGUUUUCUUUAGCAGAAGUGACUUAUAUCGCAGGUGAUAUUAGUUACCAAAUUCAGGAAAGUGGUAAGACCGCACAAUUACGGGUUCGUACCAAACAAGAAAAUGUAUCUGGUGUACUCUUACCAGCAUUUGAGAGUUAUAUGGAAGGAGGAAAUGUUUUUGAAUUAACUGGCCUUGGACGCGGUGGUCAACAAAUUCAGAAAUGCAAAGAGACUUAUAUUAAAGCAGUAGAGACUUUGGUUGAAUUGGCUUCUUUACAGACUGCUUUCGUUAUCUUGGAUGAAGUUAUUAAGAUAACCAAUCGUCGAGUAAAUGCAAUUGAAUAUGUUAUUAUACCAAAGAUAGAAAAUACGAUCAAAUAUAUCUUGUCAGAAUUGGAUGAACAAGAUCGUGAAGAAUUCUUCAGAUUAAAAAAGGUGCAAGGUAAAAAGAAAAAAGAACAGCAAACGAAUGAAGCAGAAAGAGAGGCUACUAAAAAUGAUGAUAUAGAAUAUGAAGCAGCGGAAUCAAUGGAUCUAUUAGAAAACAAUGAUGAAGAUAUUAUCUUUUAA